AUGACUUGCAAAGCUAAGGAGGCCAAGCUACCUGGUCGUUGGCAACCAAUGAAUUUAAAGAAACCAACGAUACCCAAUCCUCCGAAAAGCGCAACACUAAUAGGAAAUGUGAAGUCUGACACUCAAAAACUAUCUUCUUUGAAAGUCCCACAAAAUGCAGCCGUGCAUUUCGGGAAUUUUUAUGGACUUCAAGAAAAUCCGAUUGAAAAAAGUAAUAAUUUAGGUAAUGAUGCGAAGAAUAUUGAUUUAAGAACAUCGACGAAAUCAGAAUUUACGAGACAAAUGGUUCACAAAUUAGAAAGAUCAGCUGGUACUGAGGAAUACGCACGACAAGUUUCGGCCUUUUUGGAAGAGACGGUUGAGCCAGCGGAUUUCCAAGUGAACCCACUACCGUCCGAAAAUUCUAUCCCCGAUGGAAGACAAAACCCCACGGGAUAUCCGCUUUGGUACAAGGACCCUUACAAAAUGCCAAUGACAGCAAAAAAAGAGUAUCAACUUCUUAAAGAAAAAUAUGGUAACAUGAAUAUAAAUUCAAAUGUAAGAUCAACAAAUUUCCUCAAAGAACUUUCGACGUCCGAAGAUGAAGAGGAUAACACAAGUCUAGAAGAAAUCGAAGAGCAUAAGAAAAGUACGGAUAAAUUUUUAACGAAUCAAUCUUCCAAUCAUUCAUCGUCUACCGAUGAUAGCUCCAUCGAAAGUUCAGUUUCGUAUGAUGAAAAUGACGACGAAGAACAUUCGACAAUAUUAUCUGGUGAAGAGGAAGAGGACGAAGAGGAAGAUUACGAAACCGUCGAUACUGCACUUCCCGUUCGAUGAUACGUUUCUUAAUUAUUUUAAAUGUAAAACAUUAAUUCGAUCUUAAAUUACAUUAUAAUUCAUUUAGCAACGAGA